AUGGCUGCUAACAUGAUCCUCUUAGCGAAUGUUUUACCCAGUUCAUUCUGGAGGAGCCCACAUUGUUGUAGUUCAUCUAAAGGAAGGCAAACGGUUCGUGUUCCAGUCUUGAAUUUAGCAGCUGCAAUGGCUCCUGUUAAAAGAAGUUGUGAGUUCUAUGAUAUGCAUCAUGAAAUAGUUCCCUAUGCGGAAGCAUGGUCUUGGCAGAAGGACAUUGUUAAGCAGAAGAAAGCAUUGAAUGAUAAGGGAGAAGACACUUUGGACACACUGAUCAUUUUGCAACACCGUCCUGUAUAUACUUUGGGCACCGGUAGUUCGGAAGGAUACUUGAAUUUUGACUUGGAAGAUGCCCCUUUUGAUGUUUAUCGAACAGAACGUGGAGGUGAAGUUACAUUUCACGGACCUGGCCAGCUAGUAAUGUACCCUAUAAUCAAUCUCCGAUAUCAUAGGAUGGAUCUUCAUUGGUAUCUCAGGGCACUUGAAGAAGUGGCCAUUCGUGUUCUUCGCUCAACAUUUGCCAUCAAAGCUUCACGCGUAGAGGGCUUAACUGGUGUUUGGUUUGGGGACCAAAAAUUGGCAGCCAUCGGUAUAAAGGUCUCGCAGUGGAUAGCUUAUCAUGGCUUAGCAUUGAACGUUACCACUGACUUAACCGGCUUUCAUCAAAUUGUCCCUUGCGGCAUUCAAGAUCGUCAAGUUGGGAGUAUCAAAGGCCUGUUGCAAGAAUUUGCUUCAUCUAAUAUAUUUGAAGACGGGCAUCCGUAUCAUAGCAAUGAUAACGAACUAAUCGACCUCACAUCUAAAUCACUAGUUCAAGAAUUUUGUGAAGUCUUUCAAGUUGAUCUUCACCAAAAGCCCAUCCCAGUAGGCCAGUUCCCACCUUACACUGAAGCACUUCUUUUACCAACCAGUUUACAAAUGACUUCUGUUACUACCAGCUGCGACCUUCUACCACCGACGCCACCGUCACCGUCGCCCUCGCCCUCGCCGGCGUCUACGGCGGAUUCUGAAGCCCAGCUGAUUCCCAACCUCCCAGAUGACGUUUCAUUAAACUGUCUAGCUAGAAUUCCUAGACCCGAUUACCUCAAGCUCUCACUUGUUUCGAAAUCAUGGCACUCCGCCAUGUCCAGCUCUGCUCUUUUCGCCACCCGAUCGCUUCUCCAAACCACCCAGACAUCCCUCUACCUCAAUCUCCGUAUCGGUUCUAACUUCCAUUGGUACACUCUCCUCCCAAAACCAAACGCUCAACAAAAACCUUUUGUUAUUCCCCUCCCACCCGCCCCUUCUCGGACAGUGGGUCCUGCAUUCGCCGUCAUCGGCCCGAAGAUAUACGUAAUUGGGGGUUCGGUGAAUGAAGUCCCGUUGAAUUCUGUGUGGGUUUAUGAUUGCAGGUUUAAUAGGUGGGAGGCCGGGCCGAGAAUGCGUGUUGGGAGGGAGUUUGCAGCAGCUGGGGUGGUGGGUGGGAGGAUUUUUGUUGUGGGUGGAUGCGUUGUGGAUAACUUGUCUCGGUCGGUGAAUUGGGCGGAGGCGUUUGACCCGGUUACAGGGGAGUGGACGCCAGUUCCGAGCCCAAUUGAGGUGAGGGAGAAAUGGAUGCACGCCAGCGCGGUGAUUGGGGAAAGAAUUUACGCAAUGGCGGACAGGGGCGGCGUGGUGUAUGAUGUUGGGGAAGGGAAGUGGGGGAGUGUGUGCAAAAGGCUUGAUUUGGGAUGGAGAGGCCGGGCCGCCGUGGUGGGAGGGAUUCUGUUUUGCUAUGACUAUUUAGGCAAGAUUAGAGGGUAUGAUAUGGAGGAAGAUCGGUGGAAAGAGUUGAAGGGUGUGGGGAAAGGAUUGCCAAAAUUCUUGUGUGGAGCGACAAUGGUGAAUUUUGAUGGAAGAUUGUGUGUCAUUUGGGAGGGGAAAGGGAGUGGGAAAGAGGUGGAGAUAAUGUGUGCGGAUAUUGAGGUUUGGAAGGACGGAGAUGGUGAGCUAAGUGGAAGGAUUUUGUGGUCUGAUGCAAUUCUUAGAGUUCCUAAUGGAGCUGCAAUUGUUCAUUGCAUGGCAGCUGACUUCUGA